UGCCAGACAGCCGACAAGCAAGAUGGCCGAGGAAGCAGCGAUGGCCGGCCUCGCCCUGCACGCGCGCCCCGAGGGACCUGAGAAGGUCACGAUCCAGUUCACAGCCGUUGGCGGUGCACCCAUCAUGAAGCGCAGCAAGUUCACGGUCAACGGCGCCGAUCCGCUGGGCGUCGUCUACUCGUUCCUCCGCAAGCAGCUGCGUCUCAAGGACGAAGAUGCGCUUUUUGUCUAUUGCAACGCGUCGUUUGCGCCGACGCCAGAUCAAAAGCUCAGCGAAUUGCACGAGUGCUUUCAUGUCAAUGGGACCCUCGUCCUCAACUACAGCCGCACGCAAGCCUGGGGCUAAUGCUCGCAAUGUCUAAAUGUACAUCCGCCACUGUGUAUUCCCUAAUAAAGUCAUAAUUUGUAAACGA